GCCUCCAUGUCAAGAGCGGGUGCUCCUAUCCCAGAACUCCCAGCAAGAGUCCUGCGUGUUACCUUCCUUGAAUCAAUUUCUGUGGCUGGAUGAAUGCACACCAUCUUCUUUUCUUUUCUGUUUGGUUGGUUGUUUGUUUUCGGGAGAGCUUGUCCAUGGAUGGCUUUUGGAUGCAGGUAGAGUGGAUCCAACAGAAGGUUGGGCUGCAGGAAGAGGAUGGCAGCGGGGGCAUAAACCUGCUCCCACAGGAAGUCGGAUCACCGUGGCUGCAGGAUACGGGCCUGCCAGGCCUCCUUGGAGGCCAGGGCUUGGACGGUGACCACCAGGGGCUCCUGUCCAACCUGACGCAGACCCAGAUGGCUGCUGUGCGCUGGCUGGACGUCUACACCCGCUCAACCCGAAGACGGCACGAAGCACCUGCCGGAGGUGUCAGGGACAUCUUUGGAGGCUUCAGUUCAACGGUGAGUGAGUGGCAUAAAAGUUACUGCAGGACGUGUCUGCCCGGGGCCUCUGCGAGGCCACCACAUCCUAAGUGCGACAGUGAUUCUGUUGCAGGGCUGUGUUGGUGUGUGUGUGUGUGUGUGUGUGUGUGUGUGUGUGUCUUUAGCGGCUAUGGGAUCUUGGAGGAAGUAUUUUCAGAGGAUGGGGACUCAGUUAGGAAACAGACCCAGCUCAGUUCCGGGGCUUCUAAGUCUCCUCCGGAGGCCCCGCCACCCCCACCCCCUCCCCGGAGGCACCUGGUCAAGUGUUCCCUGCGGGUGAGCACACUGCCCAGAGGGCUGGUGGCGGGCCCCAUCCUCGGGCACCAGCACACCCCGCCUCCCCCUCCUCACCCCUCUGUGCUGCCGGGCAUCCAGUGCUCCGUUGUUGAUUCCUCAGCCACCUACCCAGUAACUGCCCGCGUCGGGGACCGGGGAGCAGGGAGCUACGGGCACGAGUUUAUGAUCCCUAAAGGCAGAUUUGGGAUAGGAGACUUGUCUCUACAGGACAUGCGGGAGAUCCCUGCUCUGGCCCCUGACCCCACCGCUGCGCCUGGCGCCCUCCUUGGCUUGGUCCUGAAGAGGAGUAAGACCGGGAAGCAGGAGGCACAGGUCUGUGGUCCUGGUGCUUCAGAAACUCUCAUCGAGGGAGCUGUGUGGAGAAUCUUCCACGAACACAUACUUAACUGCCGUAUUUCUUUCUGGCUAGACCCUCCACCCCAGACCACUGAAACACGCCGAGGCGUGCCCCUCGACUCCCUGCUGGAAGCUGACUGCAAAGCCCUCCCCAGCACCCUGGGCCCGCUGAUCCUUCAGGCCGUAAAAGAAAACAGAGAGAGGGCUGGACACGAAGGCAUUCUCAGGGUGCCUGGAUCCCAGGCCAGGGUCAAGGUCAUGGUCUGGCUUCCCCCACGUCAUCCAGGCUACAUCUCUCCCCUUGAGCCAGGAGAGAAUCCAGUUCCCAGCUUGUUAGCAUUCUGUGUUUGGGUGAGGGGAUUCGCGCCCCUGUACGCUGGCCUUUUCAGCGGGGACGAGUGUCCCCACAACGACGCGUCCAAGUUGCUCAAGAGGUUCCUCCGGAAGCUGCCAGCGCCUCCGGUCCCUGCCGAGCACCUCCCCGCCUCCGCCGCGCUGCCCCGUGAGGAUGCCCCAGCCUUUUGCCUUUGGGGAGAAGAGCAUUUGAUGUCAGUGGCCUUGGUUGGACAGGGGGCAUGGUGGGAAGACAACGUGGUCCCUGUGAUCGUCGCCUCUUUCUCGGUCUCUCAGGUGCGAGAACUGAAUGACAGCAGUGCGCGCCCCCAGCUCUGCGACGGGGGCCUCGAGACCUGGCUGCGAAGAUUACACGAAGAGAGGGACCAGGUGAGUGACGGCGCUGCUACUCCCAAAGUGGCAAAGGUCCAGGUGAUCCGGCCUAUCACAGAUCCCCUGGGGCUCUGACCCCCCCCCCCUCCCCCCCCUCCCCCCCACCGCACCAAAGUAGCCCAUAUCCUCAGGCUCACAGAGCGCCUCAGUCCUGGUUCACAGGGUCAAGAAGGCAGUAAGAACACAGCCUCCUUCCUCGAUAAGGGUCACUUCCUUAAGACAGGAGACUUUCCCCUGCAGGGGGCAGAUGCAAAGAGAGGAUGCAAGAAACAGCUUGAGCUCUCAGGAGUGUCAGUGAUGGAGUUGGCAUGA